GCUCCGCCGACCUGCAUGUUACGUGUUUUCUCAGAGCGUGAUCGUUGUGCGACGCAUUCUGCUGUUCUUGUAUUGACAUGACUUCGGCCAACCACCAUCUCGUUCAGAUACCGAUUAUUCUUAGCCGCACGGCUGCGUUUCCAGGGGUCACGUAUCGAUGGAAAAUUCGCGAGAAACGUACGAUUCAACAAUGCCUAGAAUCAGGCAGCUCGCAGUUCGGUGUUUGUCUUGUUCGACCAUUGGUAUACAACGAACCGUUUGCAGAUGUCGGCACUGUUGUAACUAUUCAAAAUCAGGUAAUGCAAGAAAGUGGAGACUUACUUAUCGAUGCUAUCGGAGACAGAAGAUUUUCGGUUGUCAAACGCGAAGCAACAAGUGAAUUCUUUACAGCAAAAGUACUUUUCUUGUGCGAUAACAACGACAUCUGCCUCCUUCACGCACAAGACCUGCAAGAGAUUCGUCAUGUCGUCUAUGACAAUACUAUUCAAUGGUUUAGAUCUCUCCACGAAUUGCUAAAGGAAAACCUGACGUGGUCACACGGCAGCUUACCACGCAUUGACGACGAAAUUUCAGUUUCUCGCUUACUUGCCGACGGCCCCGUUUGGGUCUGGUGGGCUUUCGCUGUUCUUCAAAAGCCGGAAAUUUCACUAGCAGCGCUUUCAAGUACAAAUUUGAAAGAACGCCUGGAGUUGUUGCAAAAGCAGCUAAAAGUGCAAAUGUCACUCGACUCCUAGAUUCUAUUCAAUGUUUCCUAAUACAGCUGAACAUUGAGUUGUUUGCUAAUUAGCUAACAAAAAGUUUACGGAUAAUGCUAUGUAAUCUGACUAUGUAAAAAUCUGCU